AUGUGCACAAAGAUAUUACUAUAAUAGCAUUAAAGAAAGAUAUUAAAGUAGCAUUCAAAAGCUAUCAUUGAAUAACAAUCCCAGUCUAAUUUCUAAAAUUAAAGUUUAAAAAAACUAAAUACCUUUUAGCUCUCAAAUGACUAGUUAUCAUCACAUUUAUAAAAGCUUCUAAGAUCAAAUAAAAUUGUCGAUAAAAGAAUAAUCACUUAAAUCGUAAAUGGUAAUAAAAACUCUAAUCAAAACUUAUCCCUUGACGAAAAUUAAACUCAAGACAGAGAUUAAGUUUCUUCACCUACAUAUAUUCCAAAAUAAAAAAGACAGAUUAAGGUCAAACAAAAGAACUCAACAAUGCAGGCUAAUUCUCUAAUGAAACUAAGUGAUUUUUAAAUUUUUGAAUAGUAAUUAUACGUUUUAACUUGUUUAAAAUUUCUAUAGGCAAGAAAUGAUGAGUUUCAAAAAAAUAAAGCAGUCCUCAGACAAUGUUAGGAAACCUAUUCCUAGAAGAAUUUUAGAUGA